UCGUCGUUUUACCCGAAUCGGGUUGGCAAGAGAACAGGUUAAUGGUGGAUGAUUCUUCUUUGAGAUGCGUGUUUCCCUGCGAAGGAAACGAGAGGCCGAGUCAAGGGCUCUCGCUUUCUCUCAGCUCAAACAAGCCUUCUAGUAUCGGGUUACAGUCGUUCGAGCUCAGAGAGAUGACGAAUCAUCAUCAUUUCUUCGGGAAAUCGGCAAUUCUUCAAGAGCAGCAGCAACAAGUCCCGCAAGAUGUGUUUUUGGGAAAAGCUGUUGCCAAUCUUCAUCAAACACAGAAGCACUUCGAGCUCAAGAGCUCAAAGUACUUUGUUCCUGCCCAAGAGCUUCUGAAUGAGUUCUGUAACCUCGAAAUAAAGCAAACGGAUCCAUCGAAGCAAGAGCCCCAGAAGACCAACCAAUGGGAGGAAGGUAGUAGUUCUUGCAAGCAAUCUCUAUACGCUCCAGAGCUUCUCGAAUUGCAGAAACGGAAAGUGAAAUUGAUUUCCAUGCUCGAAGAGGUGGAUAGAAGAUACAGGCAAUACUGUGAUCGGAUGAAGGCUGUGGCAGCAUCUUUUGAAGCAGUGGCUGGUGCGGGAGCUGCAAAGGUGUAUUCAGCAUCAGUGUCGAAGGCCAUGUCAAGGCAUUUUAGGUGUUUGAGAGAUGGGAUUGUGGGGCAGAUAAAGGCCACCAAGAAGACAAUAGGGGAGAAAGACCCAGUUAAACCAGAAACAACCAGAGGCGAGACACCAAGGGUCAGGCUUCUUGACCAAACCCUUAGGCAGCAAAAGCCAUUUCAACAGAUGAGCUUGAUGGAGAGUCAUCCAUGGAGACCCCAAAGAGGCCUCCCUGAACGAUCCAUUUCUGUUCUUCGUGCCUGGCUCUUCGAACAUUUCCUUCACCCGUAUCCAAGCGACGUGGAUAAACACAUCUUAUCUAGCCAAACUGGUCUCUCAAGAAGCCAGGUGUCAAAUUGGUUCAUUAACGCAAGGGUUAGGCUAUGGAAACCCAUGGUGGAGGAAAUGUAUUUGGAAGAAACCAAGGAAGAACAGCAAGACAAUGUAGGCUCCUCAUCAGAUGGGAUUACAGGAUUUGACAAGAAGAACUCUUGCGGCCCAAGCCAUAGCCAAAACUCUCACUCUUGUUCUGAGGAGGACAUGAAACCCACGCUGGAUUCAUUCUCUUCUUCUAUCGUUAACAAUCCAGAUAAAGGAGAAGAAAGUAGAAUGAAGGGAACAGCGUUUGGUGGUGUUGAUUUGGACUUUUCUUCCUACAAUCACCAUAUGACCAUGGCCAUGGAUAGCAAUGGUGUGUCUCUGACUCUGGGAUUACAACAGCUUGAAUAUUGUCAAUCAGUACAUUACUCGAUCCUGGACGGGGAGGAACAGAAUCUGCCUUACAGGAACUUAAUGGGAUCACAGUUGCUCCAUGACUUGGCCGGGUAA